AUUCGCGGCGACCAGUGUAGAAGAAACACGAAAAAAAUAUAACAGCAAAGUGGCAAAAUAGCUGGGCAUAUGUAUCUGGGCAGCCGGAUACUCAGCCGGAAUCAGUUCUGUCAGUGUGUGGACAGCGUAGACAGUUCUGCUACAUCUCUCCUACGGAUCGGCCACGUAGAAAUUAUUUCUGUACUGAGUUUGGCUAAGCGCACGGUGGCAAGGGUGAGGAACCACAGAUGAAAAUCGUUAGACAGUGAACUUGUUUAUUUUUAUUUCUAUAUUAUAUUUACUUUGUUGGUGUUUAUCGAAAGGCUCUGAUUAAGCCUGAUUGAGCAUAAGGAAGACGUUGAGUAACCUUGAGGUAACGCGUAUUUGCAUGAAGAGAAACACAGUCGAACGAGCUAAUUGAAUAUCCUCCGGAGAUAAAAAGUAGCCCGAUAGCCUUCAAAUAUCGACAGCAGCUGGCGGCUACGGAAGACCGUGAUUACAAUUAGACGAGCCGUGUUUCUUUAUGUGUGUGUUUCUCUCUAUUUACGGCUCGUGAUCCAUAUAUAUCCGACUUGAUUGCUCGACGACCUCGAAGAGUGCGUCGGAUUGCGAUGCGUUCAGGAAAAACGGCCCGCUUCGCAGGAGCAGAAGAAUGUGGCUUUACUCCAUAAACUCUACAAAUUCCGUUUGUCCUCGCGGUUCGAGUUUGGCAUCAGACAAUCUAUAUGAGGUGGAUUCAUCACCGGAGGGUAGCAGCAGCAGCAGCACUUCGGAUCCAUAUAGAUUGUUUGCCUUUCCCGAAUCGCAUUCACCUCCAACCCCAUAUGAAACUACUAGGCAGCGUGAAGCAGCUCGACGACGUCAAGCUAAGGUCAAAGCUGGAAAGCGGCAGCUAGAGCAAAAUGAACUGCAAACCUGUGACGAAGCUUGCAGAAUAACUUUGUUUGAAAACGAGCUGUCAGAAAAUGCCCGACAGCGCCAAGCAUGUUGGAAGCCGGCUGGCAAGUCAAACGCUUUCAGAACAAAACUGUCUCAAGAUAGAUUAGGUGGGAAUGGUAAAUUAAACAAAAGCGUAGAGAAAAAGAACGAGGGUCUAAAACGUAAGGCUCAGAGAGUUAUAGCCAAAAGACGGGUUCACAGAAUUCAUAACGUUAAUCAAGCCAGCAAAGAUAAAAAGAAGGUCUAUUGUGAAGUAGAACAGAAAUUACUUGUGAAUCAGGAAAUUCGGGAUUUAUCGCUAAAACGAAGCUCAAGCAAUACAGCUUGCGCGUCCCUAAAAGAAAACGUGAGGCCAACGCUAACGUUAGGCCACCAACCCAGCAAGGCACAAGACGAAAAGAAAUUAGAUCAGGUGGUUACUUCGGACAACGCUCACAAACUGCUGUUGGACUCUGACGGGAUCGAUCGCAUCUUCGACAGUGUCGUAGUCAUGCCAGCCAUGUAUAGCACAAAAGCUAACAGCUACAAAGCCGAUGGCGUUUUCCGAGGUCUAUCGGCCUGCGCCAUUAGAAAAUCUCCACUUCUGAUUAACUCGACACGACGAUAUGAUGGUAUUAACACGACAGCGAAAACAAAGAUACGUGACAAUGUCUCGCUUUUCAAAAAGAGAACGGUUAACGAGCUGAAUAGUGGUAGCACUGAUGCUGUUAUUAGCGGCAAUUGCAGCAAUUUCCAGUUACAAAGUCGAGCUCUGAUGAACUAUUCGCCGGAGUUGAACACUGAAGUCCGCAUUGGCAAUACGGAACAAUACAGAUCCGAGGUUAAUGGUGCAGAGCCGCUACUACUGAAGCACGCGGCAUCACCUCGUCAGGUCACGUGUGACUCCAGGUUGAAAAAACCACAGCAGCGUCGGAGCCAGACAUCAAACAAUAGAUUUCCACGAGAAGUGUGGAAGGGAGCGGCGGUUCGACGCGAGCGUUUUGCACAACUUGAGGGGAAACGCGUCAAAACUGAGCGAACAGUUAGCAUCACCUCAAUAAAAAAUUCAAACAAUCAGUUGAGCGUGUUGAAUAAACCUAACGGGCGUGCUAUAGAUGGACAUAGCUCAGACGAAGAUGCGAAGAAAACGGGUACCGAUGAGUGCCAAAGUGGGUAUGAUCAAAAAGAAAUGGCACGACGGCGUUUAGUUGACGAAUGCACUCAAAGGGACUGUUACGUUGUAACGGCACGCUAUGAAGAACCUGGAGGGCACACGAGUUUUCGCCAUGCACAUGCUGCGACCUCUACGAAAGUCGACACCAAACAGGCCACAAAAGCAGUGAGAGAUCAGGCUGUUAAAAGAUCCGGUGAUAGUGGAAGUGUCAAAGGCAAUCUACCAAAGAAGUCAAGAACAAAUGCUGAAAUGCUUGGAGAUUCUCCAAUACAGAUACUAAAGGUAAUUUCAAGAACCGGAGGUGCUGUUUCCAAAAACGGGAAGGCUAGUCGGAAAAACGGAAACUCCCGCCCGAAAAGGCCGGAGAUAGAUAAGGGAAGAUCGACCGCACUUGCUAAUAAUAUUUCACCCAAGGCUCAAACAACCUUCGCAAGCAGUAAAAGCUCUUCCCUCAAGGCGACAAAAACCGAUGAAGGACCACAAAAUUUUUUGUCCAACAACGAUAGAACUAGUGCGGAAAUUGCAAUCGUCUCGCCAAAAAAGGCGCCCAAAAAUAGUACAAAACCUAAUAGCGCCUCACCUAAAAUGGCGAAGGCGGGCUUAAAACGAGAACAAACAGUCGGUAAAACUCCGCCCAAAAAAUCGAUAGCGAAUCCGGCAAAUCCGUUAAUAAAACAGUCGAAAAGAGAUAUCAAAAAUAGGUCGCCGAAAAAAAGUCAGCUGCCUCAAGACAACGAUGGACGGCAACCAAGUGCGUCAUAUACAAGUAUUUUGGACAUUGAUUUAAGUAACUUGGAAUGUUCGAUCGAUGAAACGGAGGCUGGCAUUUCGUCUGAAGCUCGAAAUCUGAUGGUAAAGUCAAAACCGGUUCCUAAAAAUAGACAUACAUCACAGUCAGCAUUCGUAAGCUUUCCUCGGAUCAGUAUAGCCUCACUCUUCCGGCGGUCGUUUAGUCGACUGGAAGAGAAGCACUCGUGGAGUGAGCAGAAACGUCCUUCCAUCUUGGAUGAGAAAAGUUGCAGAUCGUGCUUUGUUCAACUCGAGAGGAUUAAGUAUGAAAGGGUAUGCUAGUAACAACUGUUCCUC